CGCCGGCGGAUUCGCGGCGCGGGCGGGACGCGCGGCGCUCGCUCCGUGCCCUCUUGGUUCUUCCUGCCUCCCGGGUUCUCCUCCCGCUCCACCAUGGCUCCGAAAGGCGGCUCCAAGCAGCAGUCGGAGGAGGACCUGCUCCUGCAGGAUUUCAGCCGCAACCUGUCGGCCAAGUCGUCGGCGCUCUUCUUCGGGAACGCGUUCAUCGUGUCCGCCAUCCCCAUCUGGUUGUACUGGCGAAUAUGGCAUAUGGACCUUAUUCAGUCUGCCGUUCUCUACAGCGUGAUGACGCUUGUAAGCACUUACUUGGUAGCCUUUGCAUACAAGAAUGUAAAAUUUGUCCUCAAGCACAAAGUAGCACAGAAGAGGGAGGAUGCUGUUUCCAAAGAAGUGACUCGAAAACUUUCUGAAGCUGAUAACAGAAAGAUGUCUCGGAAGGAGAAAGAUGAAAGAAUCUUGUGGAAGAAGAAUGAAGUUGCCGAUUAUGAAGCCACGACAUUUUCCAUCUUCUAUAACAACACUCUGUUCCUGGUUUUGGUCAUUGUUGCUUCCUUCUUUAUACUGAAGAACUUCAACCCCACAGUCUCUUCUCGUGAGGCUGUACGUGGAACUAAGAUUUGUUCUUUGGGAUUUCUUCUAGGUUUGACUCAAGUGUCUUUUCAGUAUCGAAACACAGAACUACAUUUUGUCCAUAAGUGCUUCCUCUGGACUCAUCGCUCUCCUCUCUACUGGCUCCAAGUAGACCGUGGAGCUUGGCCCCCUGCCUUCGUUUCUAUGGGUGGCCUGUGUGUAUGGAAAAGUAACAGGGUGGCCAGGUUGAGAGAAACACAAGACGUUUUUAUAGUCUGGAGUUUGAGGGUUUAAAAAUGCAAUAGAAUGUAAUACAGUGUUUGUUUAUUGGCUCUUUUUGACAGAUUGCUGAAAUUAAAUGAGUUGAAAGGGAAACUCAGAGUACCAGUACAUUUAUUAAGAGGCAACAAGUCUUGCAAUGUGCUCUAAUCACAAGAGAAGAAAAUAACUUAUUUCCUACAUCUGUCAGAGGUCAUGGUAACCUGGACUGAGCUGUUAUUAUUUAUAAUAGGAGGAAGAAGUUAAUAACUAGUUCUCUGUGUUCCAAGCACAAUAUUACAGCUUUCGACUGUAAAUCUCAGAGUGAAUCCUCUUCCCAAGGGAUUAAACAGAAGUCUCUGGUCUCUUGAGUUUGUAAUUUGUAAUAACUCAAAAACAUGGCCUCUACAACUUGAGGGAGAGAAACUUGCAGUUUUGUUUUUUUUUUAAAGAAAGGCAGCCAAGGUAUUAACCUAAAAAUAGUACCCAUCCUGUGAGUGUUGGCCUGUGGAGCUAAGCACACACUGUUCAGCUCUAUGGCUUUGGCCCUGGGCGGCUGGUGAGGUCAGCUUGACCCUGCCAUAUUGGUUUGAUGUGUGAAGUCACUGGAAUCAUUGUUUUCUGUGACCAGGCUCUCAGUACCACAGACAGAAUGUUAAGUGAGAAGCCACUUCUUUCCCAAUUAUCGACACAUGAGAGACCAGAAGAAUUUUUUUGUGAACUUAGCCCUGGAAUUCGGUGAACUCUCCAAGGAAUUUACAGUGGUUUAAAAGGGUUAUCAGCAUUUUUUUUUUAAUGAGGACUUUAAUAAAUUUGUCCCCUUUUGCCCAGGGUUCCUGUCAGUUGUACAAAUGCUGAUCACAGUCUUUGGGGGCCUCACAUUGUAUCCCCCACUCCCCAACAUGUGCAGAUUCCGUGUGUGCCGUGACUUCCCUAUUCGCUGUUCACCACACCCGGGAACUUCCUGUAAACGGCACCUCAGAGGGAAGUAUUCCUAAUGCUCAGUGUCUGCUCGUAAGCUUUUGAGGACUUUGAAGAUGUGUUCACCGAGAGCAGAGCCGCGUCUGUGCUGGUGGAUGCUUCAGUGGUCUGCAUGGAGGACUUAGGGGCGCUCAGGGGAAUGCCAUUGUACAGUCAGCUCACUCCGACCGUGCUCCGGAGGUGCCCGGUUCUGUUCUCUGGUGCCCUGUCAUCUGAGUGCCCUUUCCACAUAGGAAACGAGAGGAGAUUCAGUGCAAAGUACAUUUAGGCAACACAUGAGGGGUAGGGUGUUUUGUUCUCCUGUUUUAAUCAGUAUUUGGCUGGUAACAGUUUGUGUACCUAAUAAAAUAAUCCAAUCCAUCAUCGAAUUGUUAUUAGAGCUGGGUCAAGCACCUUCCACGUGGCUACUGCAAACUUGCCACUAGGUGGCAGUGUCUGUGUGGAUGGGUGGAAAGUCACCACCAUUAUUUGGCAGUGUUGUCACAGGGAUGGUAAAAUGGAGGUGCCAGCCCCAAAUUUUUAAUUCUUUUGAAUUUUUAACCAAAAAAUUUGCUGGGAGAGUUAUUGUGUAGUUUAUUUCUGUCUUGAAAUGUUUCCAACAGCUGUCUUUUUUUUUUUUACUCCAAAAUGGCUCUAUGCAACGAGACAAAUUUCUGUGUGUGCAGUAAUGUAACCAGACCAUCGGCUCCCUUUAAGGUUUAAAUGUAUCAGUUCUUUAUGCUUAGAAAUGUGGGCCCUGUUCCGUAAUCUCUUCUCCAUCAUCAAAUGUGGCAAAUAGAGUUAAGAUGUGCAUGACAGUAAAAUCCUAUGGCGUUUUUUUUUUUUUUUAAUCUUAAAAGGACACUGUAUACGUAACAUCAGUAAAACAGGACACUCAAUGUGCUUGCUUUUUUAAACUCCAUAUCUGUGAUAGGUAGAAUCUUCGUGUUAAACAUUUUCAUUUCUUGAUUUACUCUUUUUUUUUUUUUUUUUUUUUUUUUUUUUCGAGACAGGGUUUCUCUGUAUUGUUUGGAGGCUGUCCUGGAACUUGCUCUGUAGACCAGGUUGGCCUCGAACUCACAGAGAUCCUCCUGCCUCCGCCUCCCGAGUGCUGGGAUUAAAGGUGUGUGCCACCAAUACCCAGUGGUUUACUCAUUUAUAACUUAAUAGAAGUCUUGUAUCUCAAUUUACAACUUGUCCUGUUUGGUAUGUUGUUUUAACUUGGGAAGGAUAAUUUGAAACUGGAUUUGAAGUUAAUUGAAAUAAUGGAAGUUGAAUUUAUACUCAAUAUUCUUAUGAAAAGUCUUGUUUUUAACAAGUAUGAUUAAAUUUUGUUUUUAAAAA